AUGGCCCCCUCUACUCCCACUCCCAGCCCUUUCGCCGCCAUGGGGAACUUUGGUGGUAUGGUGUCAUCUGCUCUUUCUUUUGGCGACAGAUCUUGCCAAGUCUCCUCCCUCGGCCUCGGCACUCUCUCUCUGGGGGAGCCGUCUGGCGCUGCCUCGCCCCCUCGCUCCGCCUCUCCUUCUGCUGGUUCUCCCUCCCCCGUGUCUGGUUCUCCCGUCCCCGUAACGGGUUCUCCUGGAGGGCCUCCUCCUGCCGCCACUCCUCGCCGUAGGACGCCCGCCUUUCGUCCUGGUGAGUCUCCGUCCUCCUCCGACCAGGACUCGCUCAGUGGGGGCUCGGAGUCGAGUGAUCGACCCGACACCGAAGAAAGUGAGGAUGAUGAUGAUCGGGAGGGUAGGAUCGAUAGUGAGGGUGAAAGCGAGUUAGAAGAAUACCCGGAUGAUGAUGUGGAGGUGAUUAGUGUAGAGGACAACAACGUAGAUAGUCCUGAGCCCGUUCCUGCCCCUCCCCCUGCUCAAAUUGUGGGCCAGAAACGACGCCGUUCCCUCUCCUCUUCUUCUUCUUCCUCUUCUUCUUCCUCUUCCGGGGUUCUCCCCCCCGCCAACGCCAUCGCCGCUGCCGCCGCCGCCCCCAUGAAGUCCGAGCCUGGUCGUUGGGUCGCGGUUGGUGUUGACGAAGCGUGUGAUCGUUGCCGACGUGAGAUUAUCACGUAUAAUCGUCCAAACUGGCCCUGCCUCAAGGCAGUCAGGCCACAUAACAAGGCUCUCCGUUGUGCUUCAUGCACAUCUGGCCCCUGCUCCUUCUGUCCCGUUUCCUCUGCCUGGGACAUCCCGCCCCGUCCCUUCAACGCUUCCCCUUUCCCCCCUCCCCAGACUCCAGCGUCUGUCCCCCGUUCGCGGGUACCGUCUUCGUCUCUCCGGUCGGCUCGCCGAACUUCGCCGUCCUCCCGCUCGUCUCCUCCCUCGCCGUCGCCCUUCGCUCCUGUGGCCGGCCCAUCACGUCUCCCGCCUGCUCCUCCGUCGGCCUCCCGUUGCCCUUCGGCCUCUCGUCCCUCGGUCUCUCGUUCUUCGGUCCCUCGUCCGUCCUCUCCCGUGGCGCCCUCUCCUCCGGCCCAGGGCACCCAAAGUCGUCGUCCUUCUGCUCCUCGGGCUACCCCAGUGGCCGCCCCUGUCACCGCGUCCCCCGCUUCCCAGAAGACUCCAAAGUCUUCUUUAAAGAAAUCAAAAGGGAAAAGGGUGGAGAAAGAGGUCGUCUUUGAAGCUGGUGAUGUGGAAGAUGAAGCUACUCAGCGUGCUGGGCCCUCUGCUCCUCGGUUGUCCUUCGUCCACCCUCGCAUCUCUCUGGAACCUCGUAUCCCAGAGGAUGAAAAGGAAUUUGCUACGUAUCGUUCUCUCGUUCUUGGCCUCACCACUCAGCUUGACGUCGCUCGACGUGAUACAUCUCUCUUGCUCGACUUCUCCACUCGUCAAGCCAACGCCUUGAAUAACCUUACUGCGGCGUUAGUAGAUGUAGUCAACGGUGGGAAUCUGAACGAGGAAGCAAGGACGAGGUUAGCGGACGUCUCUCGCCGAAGCCUUACUGAGAUAGCCGAUGUUCGCCGAAGACUUUACGACACCCCCUUCCUCGUUACUCCCAUGGCGUACGAGCCACCACCGUCCAUUGGCUGGUUAGGCCCCCGGAGUAGUUCUCGAGUCCCUGCUUCUGCUCAGACUGCUCUCGAUCUCCUCAGUCUUCCUUCCGAGUGUCUUAAGACCAUACGUUCCCUGUGGAGGACUCCGAGCAUGCAAGCUGCUCGGGAUGUCCAGGACUUUGGUGAUUUCUUUGGGGCUAUGAAUCGGGCAUGGAAUGCUUCUCUCUCGACUGUUUUCCCCCCUGACAGUCUCGAUCUACCUUCGGCCAUCGGUACUCUCCACACCAAUCUCGCGGGACCGAGUAGCGCGAAGGAGAAAGGAAAAGGAAAGGGUAAGGGUAAGGGCAAGUGA